UUUCCCUUUGCUUUUGUCCUGCAGUCCCACCCGCUGUCCCUGUGCAACACCAGCGAGGAUGAACACACCGAAUCGGGAUUUAUCACCAUUGUCAAGCUUGAACAGCCAGAUCGGGAUCCCAACCCCUGCUUGUCGCUGGCUAACAAGGCAAAGCUGGCGGGGGAGCGUGGAGCCCGUGCAAUCCUUUUUGACAUUACUGAUGACGAAAGCGCUGCUGAUCAGCUGAGAAAGCCUAGAGGUCUGAGUCAGCCUGUGGUUCUCAUCAGGGGCCGUGAUGCCGAGCUUCUCAUGGGAGUUGUGAACAAGAACAGAGAGGCCCAUGUGAAGAUUGAGGUCAAGGAGCCACCAGCUUGGCCAGACUACGACGUGUGGAUUCUUCUCACGGUGGUCAGCACUGUGGUCGUCAUCAUUCUGAUUUUUGUUGUCCGCACAAAGUGCCAGCUGAACAGAACUCAGGACUCCUUGCAGCAGCAGACCAUGCAGGCCAUCGGGCAGCUAGCCACACGCAAGUACCAGGCAAGGUGCCGGCAGGCAUCACGGUGGGACUCAGCCAGCAGCUGCAGCUCGGCUCCGGUCUGUGCGAUUUGCCUGGAGGAGUUCAGCGAGGGCCAGGAACUGCGGAUCAUCUCGUGCUCCCACGAGUUUCACCGGGAGUGUGUUGACCCCUGGCUGCAGCAGCACCACACGUGUCCGCUUUGCAUGUUCAAUAUUCUCGCCAGAGACUCCGUGGACCGGGCUAUGGCCUCUGGCUCCAGGCUGGUCCCUAGGGACAUGGAGCCCGGACGGCGACUCCACCUUUUCCGCCAGCACCCAGGACAUGCCCUUUACCACCUCCCACACGCGUAUCCUCAGAGGAACUUCAGGAGCUUUCCCCCGGAGCCAGCCCAUGGCAACCCCUUCUUCCACUCUCCGGAGCUCUCCCAGCUGGGUUUUGGCACCAUCCACUACAUGCCCUACAGGCCAACCCCCUCCCUGCUCACCUGCAGCCGCCCGUCCCCCCUGGGCCCGGGCUUGCUGGGCCAGCAGCAUCCCAACCCCUCGGCAUGUGGGCAGACACUGCCACCCCACAGUACUUGUUCUCUCCAGCCCCAGCCCCCCUGCCUGGGGCUCAAGGCACCCCCGGUGCUCAGCCACAUCCACUACCACCACCACCAGCACCAUCACUACAGAAGGGAUGUGGAGUGUCCACCUGGGCGGGCCGGGCAGGGGCCUGGGCAGCGCAAAUCCCGGUACUCCGGGGCCAAGGUUGGCUUCCAGGGUGCUCGGACACAAAAGAGGACUGAGAAAAGCCAUCACUGUCAGGAGCCUCUGGAAGGCAGCACUGUGCUGCAGGAGGCAGCUCUGGCAGGACAGCCAGCCUGUUCCCAGCAAGUCUGGGAGCCCCCUCCUGCCCCUUCCGCUUCUGCAAACAGGUUGGACUUCAGUGUAGAUGCCAACAGACAAUUGGGAACAUCUGGCACAUCCCCUGUCCCGCUGCCCCCGAGACACAGCUUACAGAGCCGUCAUCACCGAAGGAAAAGAAAGUGUCCCCUGGAGCCUGACCCUGCUCUCCUGCUGGAGGACUCGGCCUUGCCCAAAGCCUGCGAUGCUCACCUUUCCCACGGCCAUCCCCCUGGCUACCGCUGCUCACCCGAAGUCCAGCCCCUCAUCCCAAGCGCUCCCCUGCCCUGCGGCUCGGGCUCUCGGCCGCUGUGGAAAUGUUUAAGGCCACAGACCGGCUCGGAGCUGAAAAGCACCCCCAGACACAGUCUUCACCUUCAGUGCCCAUCUCAGCAAGGUAGUCAGGGAUCUGAAGAGGAGGUCCAGGAUGUCCAUGAACACUCAGUUUAA